AUGGAUAUGCUCAUUCUUGAUCAAUCACAUAUGGAUUAUUCUCAAACACAACAAACAUCAUCAUUUAAUUCACCUGCAAUUUAUCUACAAGAUUUUCGUUCUGAACCAUGUCAAGUAUGUGGUGAAAAUGCGAGUGGAUGGCAUUGUGGAUCAAUUACCUGUGAAGCAUGUAAAAAAUUUUUUCUUCGAUCAGUUAAUGAAGAAUAUCGUAAAUAUAAAUGUAUGAAAGAUAAAAAAUGUAUUAUUACACGUACUACACGUACUCAAUGUCAAUAUUGUCGUUAUAUGAAAUGUAUUGAAGUUGGAAUGAAAUUAUCAGAAGGAAGUCCAAAUCCAAAAAUUGAAGAUAUUUUUAAGUUGAUUCCAUGUGCUGUAUGUCAACAUCCAUCAUCUGGAAUUCAUUUUGGCGCAACCACAUGUGAAGGUUGUAAAGGUUUUUUUCGUCGUACAAUGAAAGAACGUACACCACAACGUUAUAAAUGUCCAGAGAAAAAUAACUGUGAAGUUAAUACAUCAACACGUAGUGCAUGUCGUGCAUGUCGUUUUCAAAAAUGUCUUACAGCAGGAAUGUCAAUUGAAGGUUCACGUAUUGGACGACAAUCAAAUUUAUUUAAACAUAAAAUGGUUGAAAUGCAACGUCGAGGACUAAUUCGAUCACAAUUACGUAAUAUAAUUGCUGCAAAUACAAAUAAUUAUCAAUUAAAUUCAUCAAAUCGAACAAUUAGUCAACAAUCAAGAAAAAAGAAUAAUAUCAAUUCGACAAAUAAUAGUCAAAUAAUAUCGUCAUAUGAUGAACCAACAGUUGUUCUACGCUUAGAAGAUAAACUGGAAUCUUAUGUAUUUCAACAAAUAAUACAAAUUGAAAAUACUUAUAUCAAUUACUUAAAAGAACUUCCAUUUUGUUCGAAUGAAACAAAUGAUUUGUGGCUUUCGUGCUUAUCUCAAUUAAAUGAAUAUACAACAAGAGUUGAAAAUUUUGCUUUGAGAAUUCCGGAUUUUGGUACUCUUAAUUCUGAAGAUAAAAGUUUACUGAUUCAUUCAUCAACACAUUCAGUUAUACUUCUAUGUCUUUGUUUUCAAUCAGCUCGAUUUCGAACAUUAACAAAUGAUUCUAAUUGGAAUUAUUUAAAUAUUUCAACAAAUUCUGCAUUCGGUCAAAAUUUACAACAAAAUUUUCCAUUCUUUUUCGAUAUAAAUCAAUUAACAUAUUUAUUCGAACGUGAACUUCAAAUAUUAGAACUUGAUGAUAAAGAAAUUGGUUUAAUGAUUGUUUUACUUAUUACUUCUAUUGCAAAUAGUAAAUUAAAUGAAAUUGAAAAAAUUGAAAAAAUCCAAGAAAAUUAUUUUUGUGCUUUAUAUGAUUAUAUGUCUGCUAAACGUGGUAUUGAUAAUAAAGAUUAUUUUAUUUUAACAAUUCAAAUUCCAUUUAUACACCGUAUAAAUAGUAUAAUAUCGACAAAUAUAGUAAAUUUCAAGUGUUCAUUAUCUUAUAAUACAUCUAUGUAA